AGCAUCUUACUAUAUCUGAUGACAUAAAUUUACUAGUACUAUCUACACGUCACUUUUACUCGAAUGCUGUUACUACAAGACUCAAUCUCAAAUCAUAUUAUGAUAUUGAUGGUAAUAUAAAUCUUCCUGAUCACAAAAGAGUUGUAUAUCAGAUAGAGAGCUUACAUUUAUCUAUAAUUGCUCAAGUACAAAGUCGUUUAGCAGAACAAUCAAUAGAGAAAUUAUAUAAAUUAAUCCAAGAGGCUAGAAGUAUUAUUGUCAUAGAUAAUAACCUUACUGAUCUUAAUAUUAAAUAG